UCCAAUAUUUGGUGUUUUAAUUGACUUAAAGCGCUAACAUCCUGUAAUCAGUAGUAACAUCCUUUCCGCAUGUGGAUGACUCCCAGUGGCAUUGAAAACGUUUAUUCGUAACUCUGCAGAAACGUUAAGAUGUCGGGAGGUCUGGAGGUUUUGAGUUUGAAGGAGGAUGAUGUUACGAAGAUGCUUACUGCGUGUACUCACAUAGGAAGCGAUAAUGUUGAUUAUCAGAUGGAACAGUACGUGUACAAGCGUCGUCCCGAUGGCAAUUACAUAAUUAACCUGCGUCGGACUUGGGAGAAAGUUCUGCUUGCUGCUCGUGCAAUUGUUGCCAUUGAACAUCCAUCUGAAGUGUUUGUGAUAUCUUCACGUAAUUAUGGUCAGCGAGCAGUUCUAAAAUUUGCUGCCCACACCGGAGCUACUCCCAUUGCCGGACGGUUCACACCUGGCGCAUUCACCAAUCAGAUUCAAGCAGCGUUCCGUGAACCCCGUCUUCUGGUUGUCACGGAUCCUGCCCAAGACCAUCAGCCAAUUACUGAGGCUUCUUAUGUUAACAUUCCAGUAAUUGCUUUCUGCAAUACUGAUUCUCCUCUUCGCUUUGUCGACAUUGCAAUUCCAUGCAAUAGCAAAUCUGCACAUUCUAUUGGGCUGAUGUGGUGGCUGUUGGCGCGCGAAGUUCUGCGUUUCCGUGGCUCCAUCCCUCGUGAUGGAAAGUGGGAUGUUGUUGUAGAUCUCUUCUUUUACAGAGACCCGGAUGAGGCUGAAAAGGAGGAGCAGGCCGUAAAAGAAGUGGUGGCAGCCCCGCUGAAGACGACUGAUGGCGAGUUUACGUCGCAGCCAGCUGAAGUCUGGGCUAAUGAGAUGGUCACGGAGCCAGUAACACGCACUUGGGGCGAGGAGGUGCCAGUCACCGCACCUGUAGUAGGGACUACUGCUCCGCCCGUCACAUACAACUCAGAAGACUGGGCUUCACAGGUGCCUGAUGAGUGGAGACCAACCAAUGCAGUUGCUCCUGCCAAUGAGUGGGGUGGUUCAAAUAGUUGGAAUUAAACUGUUAUUUAACUCAGUCAUUUUGUCUGUUUUGAAAUGCAGUGUAUACUGAAUUGCCCAGAGGAUUGUGAUAAAUUGAGAGGUUCAUGAAU